AUGGCGGAUGUCUUUGAAGAGGACGAGGAGGAAGACGAAGACACCAGUAGCAACUCGAGCGAGUCGGUGAGCGACAAGGAUACUCCGCCCUCCGCAGUCUCGGAUCGCGACGAGUUUCUACCAGGAACUCUCUCGGAACCGCAGCCAGAUGCCGAGGUUGAGGUCACGCAACUGUAUAGUGUAUCGCCGGCGGUCUCGCAGCAGCCUAGCCCCGCGCUCACAGGGUUAGACCCCACGCAGCUGCAAUCACAGUCGUCUCGAUCGAUGCGAUCCGAACGCUCGACCACCUCGCUGCAGGAUGCGGUGAUUCAAGAGGACUUGUCAGGAGUCCAUUUUCGCAUGGCAAACCUCUUCCAGGGUAACGGCUCCCCCGUCUCCUCUGCCACACCGUCGCCUCGGAGAAUCCUGGCCUCGCGUGAGCUUGCGCCCGUGGAUAUCAGCCCUCUGCAGUUGCCCUCCGUCUGUCACGCACCCAUCAGUCCUUACUCGAUGAGCCACAGCUCUUCUUUUCCGUCCCCCGUUCGCCAAUGUCGAUUGAUGCGCAGCGCAUAUCGACCGCGCCGUCUUCUGUAA